AUGGCUAUAGAGACCCGCCAAGCCCUCAGCUAUACCCUUCCUCCACGGCCACGCCACAAGAGCACAUUAACUGUGAGCCGAAUUUUCUCUGUCCGCCGUCUGCAGCCUUGGACUAAGCUCCAGCCACGUAGUGUUUCCUUCCAUAGCUUGCACAAGCAGCAAUCACUUCUACAUAGUCAUCUGUUGUUUUUCAGGCAAUGUUUCCAGAAACUGAGCUGUUUGGGACGAGGAUCUUUUGGGGAGGUAUAUAAGGUACGGUCUCGUGAAGAUGGUCAAUUGUAUGCAGUGAAGCGUUCUGCAGAGCCUUUCCGGGGUGAGGGCGAUAGGCAGCGCAAAUUGGCUGAGGUGCGCAAGCAUGAGCGUGUGGGGCACCAUCCCAACUGUGUGAGCUUUGUACAGGCCUGGGAGGAGCGUGGUCAACUGUACAUCCAGACAGAGUUGUGCCCGGGCAUCCUGUUGCAGUACUGUGAGGAAUGUGGGCCUCUGUCCGAAUGGCAAGUUCAGGCCUUUCUCUGGGAUAUGCUUCAAGGACUGCGCCAUUUACAUGAUCGUAACCUUCUACACAUGGAUAUCAAGCCAGCUAACAUCUUUCUAUCAUCUACCAAUGUCUGUAAGCUGGGCGACUUUGGGCAAAUGCUGGAGUUGGACUUUGGGGAUCUGAAAGAUGCUCAAGAAGGGGAUCCACGCUACAUGGCCCCGGAACUGCUCCAUGGAGAAUAUACCAAGGCUGCUGAUGUCUUCAGUCUAGGCAUAACUAUCCUAGAAAUUGCCUGUAAUAUGGAGCUCCCCAAUGGAGGUGAAGGCUGGCAGCAGCGUCGGCAGGGUUAUUUGCCCCCAGAAUUCACUGCAGGUCUCUCGGUUGAGCUGCAAAAACUUCUAGUUGUCAUGUUGGAACCCGAUAAUUUUCUCCGCCCCUCAGUGGAGAUGUUGCUUAAUUCUAGUCUCAUGCAGAAAACAGAAGUGGCGAAAACUCAUGUUGUUAGCGCAAUCUGGGAUCCAGCAGGGUGUCUCCAUGUACAAGACAUCCUGGUUCUCCCCUGCUUACCAUAUGCCCAUGUGCAGGAAGCACCUUCACACCACGGCAUCCCUCACCCCAACAGACUGGUUGCAGGAAAAACAGGUCUUUUACACCCCAGGGAAGUCCCAACCUUAGUUGCAUUAGUCUGAAGUCCCCAUGCAGCAGCCCCACUUCAUCAAACAUAUUACCUGCGAAUAGCUUGCAGCACACACCAGCAUAUGAGGAUACAGAAGAUGAAUGGGAAUCGGUUUUACCUCAAUGCUCAAAUAAGUGCUCCACUUUUGAGCCAAAAAAAUUGUUAAACUUAUUUGAGGAUUCUCUGGCAUCUCAGCAAAAAUGUCAGAGCUGAUGGGGGAACUAUAUUUAUUUGCUGUUUUGCUUAGGCCCUUUUUUUGGAACAGGAAGAGGUUCUUGCCAUUAGCGUUAUGCUAGAGGUCAAUAUGCUCAGAGUUUUGACCAAGUUCAGACUAGCAAAGGAAAGGCAAGUUUGUAUGGAUGCUUUGCUUUGUGUACAUUUUAUCUACUUGAGUCAUAUAUAAGGCUGCUUUUGAGAUGAUUUAAGAAUAGUAUUUUGCUGGCAAUCAGUGGAAAGCAGAUCAUAUUCUGUCAUCAUUUAAGGGAAAAGGCAUCCUACUUUUAUACAAAUUUGAUGCUUGAAUAUAUUCUGUACGCAUUUCUUUUUUAAGUUUUGUCCCCUUCUGUUUGUGUCCCAAAGAUUUGUUGUCAUUUGUGGAAUUGGACUUUGAGUAUCGGGACUGAAUAAUCUUUCAUAAUGGGAUUUUACAAAGGUGGCAGCUGUAAGUCAUGACAAUAAAA